AUGAGCGACCAGGACAACGACAAGUCUACCACACCACCAACAACAGACCUGGCAGGUCUCUCACUGAACCCAAGUGCAGGCUCCUUUGUCCCCAGAGUUAAUGCAAAGGCCUUUGUUCCCUCCUGGAUGCCCCCUCCUGCACCUGCACCUGCACCAGCACCACCUUCGUCGUCAGGGAUCGACUUUAACGCUCCUCCGCCUGCUGCAGUCCUCCAGAAGUCUGUUGACACUCCACCAACUCGUGCUGCUGCCACUCCAGAAAUAAGCGCGCCUCGACCACCGGCGGUGUCGAACAAGUCCGCAGCCGUGGACCGGGUGGGGUCUCAGGCUGCAUCGUCUCCAGCCCCGUCUCCAGUCCCGACGUUAGCGCCUCCGACACCGAGGUCCAGCACCCCUGUCCAAAAGACGUCGUCAUCAGCACCCAAGAAGGCGACGACUGCGGCGGCGGCGGAGGCAGCAGGAGGAGCAGAGGAGGCGGACGAGGAUGCGGUGGACCAGGAGACAUUGACAGAGUUCUUUGGCAAGGAGCAUAUGAAUGUGAUCUUUAUCGGACAUGUUGAUGCGGGCAAGUCGACUAUGGGUGGACGUAUCCUGGAAGCGUCGGGGAUGAUUGAUAAGAGGACGAUGGAAAAAAUCCAAAAGGAUGCCCAUGACGCUGGACGGGACUCGUGGUAUCUGUCCUGGGCGCUGGAUACUAACGCAGAGGAGCGUGCCAAGGGAAAGACGGUGGAGGUAGGACGAGCGUACUUUGAGACAGACACUCGACGGUACACGAUCCUGGACGCACCUGGACACAAGACCUACGUCCCUAGCAUGAUUGGCGGUGCUGCACAAGCAGAUGUCGCAGUGCUGGUGAUCUCUGCCCGCAAGGGAGAGUUCGAGACUGGGUUCGAGAGGGGCGGUCAGACACGCGAACACGCAGUCCUGGCCAAGAAUGGCGGGAUCAACAAACUCAUCGUCGUGAUCAACAAGAUGGAUGACCUGACCGUCAACUGGUCCAAGGAGCGGUUUGAUGAAUGCGUCGACAAGUUGACUCCCUUCCUCAAAUCGAAUCGGUAUAACCUCAAGACUGACGUCAUGUUCAUGCCCGUCUCUGGGUACACGGGGGCCAACAUCAAGAAGGGGAUUGACCCCAAGGACUGCGAUUGGUAUUCUGGCCCCUCGUUGUUGGAUUACUUGGACUCGAUCACGAUUACGGACAGGAAGUUGAAUGCGCCGUUCCGGAUGCCGAUUAGUGAAAAGUACAAGGAUAUGGGUACGAUUGUUGUGGGCAAGAUUGAGGCGGGGUCGAUUAAGAAGGGAGCGCAGGUGUUGAUCAUGCCGAAUGCGGUCAAGAUUGAGGUGGCGAAUAUCUAUAAUGAGCUGGAGAAGGAGAUCCCUGUCGCGGGCGUUGGUGAUAAUAUCCGGCUCCGUCUGCGUGGUGUUGAAGAAGAGGACGUGAUGCUAGGAUUCGUAUUGUGCAGUUUGAAGCAUCCAGUCCACGCCGUCUCGAAAUUCGAAGCAGCCUUGGGCAUCCUCGACCUCAAGAACAUCAUUGCUUCUGGCUACACUGCCGUCCUCCAUAUCCAUACCGCUAUCGAGGAGAUCACUCUUACGGCAAUGUUGCAUUUGAUCGACAAGAAGACGGGCCGGAAAUCGAAACGACCACCACAGUUCUUGAAGAAGGGUCAACAGGGGAUAGUGACGAUUGAGACGUCGGGAGGUGCGCUGUGUGUAGAGACGUUUGCGGAUUCGCCGCAAAUGGGGAGGUUUACUUUGAGGGAUGAGGGUAAGACGAUUGCGAUUGGCAAGAUUACUAAGCUGCUUGGGGUUGGUUCUGAUGACGGUGCAGAGUAG